CUCUCUAUAACUUUUUCUCAGUUCAACUUCUAUAUACAUAUAAAUUUUAAAAUAAACAGUCAAGUUAUUUGCUAGCUAUAACAUUUAAAAUACACAUAUAGUUAAAUGUCUAGAUACCAUGCUAACAUAUUCUCUCUCCGUCCCAAUUUAUGUGAUAUAGUUUGACUAGAAAGUUUAAGAAAGAAAGGAAGACUUUUGAAACUUGCGGUCCAAAACAAGCCAUAAAUAUUUGUGUAGUUGUAAUUCAUUUUAUUAAGGGUAAAAGGGGAAGUUUAAAGUUAAUUAUUUCUAGAUAUAAAAAUGUAUCAUUCUUUUUGGGACAUACUAAAAUGGAAAGUGUAUCACAUAAUUUGGGACAAAAGGAGUACAAAAUAGAAGCAAGUCAUUUAUACCUUGGAGAGUGGAGACUGUAUCAGGUCUUCAAGGUAAACAACCUCAGGUUGAUGGAUAACACAGGCAAGAAAAGUCAUUGUUGAAUCCGUAACUCGAAGAAAAGGAUUGGCUCUGAUCCACGGUUAGACAUGAUUGUCGAUAGAUUGCUCGAGCUGCUCCAACAGCGAGAGCGGGCAGCCGCAUGCUGGCCAACGGACGUACCAGGAACGGUUCCUUCAGGAGCCUUCCCCAAAGGCAUGCAAUUGUGGAGGAGCUUGCUGAACUUGGUGCAACAGUGUACACAUGUUCAAGGAAAGAAUCAGAACUCAAUGAACGUUUGCAAGAGUGGUCUGCCAAAGGCCUUCAAGUAAAAGGUUCAGUAUGCGAUGUAUCUUCUAGAGAGCAAAGAGUACAACUCAUGGAAAAGGUUUCCUUGGCAUUUGAUGGAAAACUCAACAUUCUUAUAAACAAUGUUGGGACAAGCAUUUCGAAGCAUACUGUCGAGUAUACUGCCGGAGAUUAUGCCUUUGUGAUGGCUACCAAUUUAGAAUCUUCAUUCCAUAUGUGUCAACUUGCUCAUCCUCUCCUGAAAUCAUCUGGAGCUGGAACUAUUGUUUUCAUGUCCUCUGUUGCUGGUCUUGUCCACUUUUCUGAGGCUUCUAUUUAUGGAGCAACAAAAGGGGCAAUGAAUCAGCUGACAAGAGAUUUGGCUUGUGAAUGGGCAAAAGAUGGUAUUCGGGUUAACGGUGUUGCACCCUGGUACAUAAACACUCCCCUCGUCAAACAUUUGAUGGAGGAUAAAGCUUUGAUGGAAGGAGUAAUAUCAAGAACUCCUCUUAAGCGUCCUGGAGAAGUUGAAGAAGUUUCAUCAUUGGUCGCUUAUCUUUGUCUUCCUGCUGCUUCCUAUGUCACUGGCCAGGUUAUAGCAGUUGAUGGAGGAUUCACUGUCUAUGGUUUCCAACGGCCUGACUAUUAAUUAAUACUUCUUGUUUGAAAAUGGUGGCAGAGAAUUUCUACCUAGUAACUAACUUUUCAAUGUUUGUAUUAAUUUGCAAUAUUCAGUGUUUCUCAAGUGUGUUCCAGUUGAAUCCGUCAUGAAUAAAAGUUGUUAUUGUUGGGUGUGCAAACAAA